AUGGGUAUAGACCGGCGGCGGAGGGCGUCUCUGGCUCUCACGUUGAACUUCGUGGCGCUGUUCUUGGCCGUGUCCGCGCUCACCACGAGCUACUGGUGCGAGGGCACGAGGAAGGUGGUCAAGCCGUUCUGUACCGGGCCAGUGACCACGAGGCAGGCGUUCUGCAUCCGCUUCAACAGCUCCAACAUCAACGACUCCCGCCUCGUGCAGUACAUCUGGGAGACCGGGGAGGACAAGUACGUCAUGAGGAAGUUCCACACCGGGAUCUGGUUCUCCUGCGAGCAGAACAUCAACAUGACCGGUGAGAACUGCCGGAGCUUCAUCUAUGUGGCCCCAGCCAACGAGCGAGGAGUGCUGUGGCUGUGCAUUGUGGCUGAGUGCCUGUACAUCCUCCUCCUGGCCACCGGGGGCAUCCUCAUGUCUAUAGAGGUGUGUCAGAUCGGCAACGUGAUCGACGGGCUCAAACUCAACGCCUUCGCCGCCAUCUUCACCGUGCUCUCCGGUCUUCUGGGGAUGGUGGCUCACAUGAUGUUCACCACGGCCUUCCAGCUCACUGUGAGUCUGGGCCCCGAGGACUGGAAACCCCAGACCUGGGACUACAGCUGGUCCUACAUAUUAGCCUGGAGUUCGUUCACCGCCUGCAUGGCCUCCUCCGUCACCACCAUCAACCGCUACACCAAGACCAUCCUGGAGUUCAAGCACAAGCGCAGGAACAUCGAGAAGAACCUGAAGAUCAAACAGAAGCUCCUGGAGCUGGACUCUCCUCAGCAGGUGUGGGACAUGUACCUGAGCUCUGUCCCCAGCACGGCCGAGGAGCUGCUGGACCUGUCCUCCACCAGCCGCAGGCUCUCCAACACCUCCAUGUUCUUAGACCUGAGCGACCUCCCCGAGGGCUGCUCCGAGGGCUACUGCUGA